AUUUUGCACUUCAGUUUUAUGUCAGAUUCUUUGAGGUUUGUCUUAAUAGCAAGUUAAAUUGGCAAAAACAGAGAAUGGAUUGCAUUGUAACAUGAUGCAGGAAGAAUAGCUACCUCAGUUGCCAAAUAAUUGUUUAAAUUCUUCCAAGCUUUUAACAGCAAGUAUUGUGUACUUCUGUUUAGUGCAACUGGUAACCCAGAACCUAGUAAUUAAAUUAAAGGAACCUGAUGAUUAAAUAGGAAGAAAAUUAUUUUAACAAGGGCAGAACACAUGGGAAGAGCUUAGUCUUGAGGACUGCUGAUUAAACACCAUAGAAGCACAAGAAGCACCACCACAACAAACUCAGCCCACUGUAAAUGCAAGCUUUACCUGUCUCUUGAGAGCAUUGCUUCAUUUAUAGGCUGUGUGACUGUGCCUCUUCACUGCUUGGAUUGGUAGGCUUCAAAAUGCUUGUUUUGUAGCAAGAAGAGAAAUUUAGUGAAGAUAGUGGCAGGUAAAUAUCUCCCACGUUCUAGCAGAAAGUUGAAUUUAAGUGAUUAUUGCAUUUUGUAAUUUUUGUGUACGUAAUUUUUUUGAACAGACGUACUUUUUUCCUUUUAUUUCAUAAUCUGAAAGAAGAAUAGCAUUUGGAAUAAUGGCAACAGGAGACCUAAAUGGAAGUUUAAGAAAAAUCGAACAAGGACUUCGCUUGUUAAGUUAUCCAAGAGAUGUGGAUUAUACAGUGUUAGUAAAGGGUGAUCCAGCUGCAUUUUUACCUAUCAUCAGCUAUUGUUUUACAUCUUUUUCAACUUGCAUAGCCGACCUUUUGGUAAAGUGUGAUGUGGAACUGACAGCCAAGAGUGACUUGCGUUUUAUCGAAGCUGUUUAUAAGUUUCUUCGAGAUCAAUUUCAGUAUAAACCAAUUUUAACAAAAGAGCAGUUUCUUCAGUUUGGCUUUGCAGAAAGAAAAAUGCAAAUUGUUUGUGACAUUAUCAACUGUGUGGUGAAGAAACAUAAGGAGUUGAGUAACUCUAGUAAGGUUAAAUCCCAAACGAGGAAAAAAAUCAGACCUUUUAAAUUUGAAGUAUGGUCAAAUUGUGGUAAAGGUCUUGCUGAUCCAAGUGGCAGCGCUCUGAAUUCCAAACAGCCUCUAGUGGAACGGCACUCAGGAAAUGAAGUCAGUGGUGACCUUCGUCCACUACCCCUUCCAGCACAGGGAGGGAACGAAGAAGAAUUAUGCCUAGAUCAUGAUACUGUGGAAGUUAAAUGUGAACAAGUCAUAGAAGAAAAUUCACAAAUUGAGUGUUUAAAGAAUCAGCUUGCAGAUUUCCAGGAAAAGCUUCAGAAGCUAGAUUGGAUAGAAGAUAAGCUACAAGUUUUAGAAGAGAAACUGCAGGGAAAGGUGAUCAUAGAUGAGAAGGACUGGAAUAACUUACUGAAUCGAAUUUUGCUUCUCGAAACAGAACUGUUGUUACAAUCCCAAAAGAAAGACUUAUCAAAAGAGUCCAGCAAUAUUAAUCAAGAAAGUACAUCUAGUACCAUUCCAGUACCUCUUGAUACAGAGAGGAAUGAGGAGAUGCCAGAGAGUCAUCCUCAGUCGUCUGGAUGCAGUUCACUGUUAUCCACAGACCAGUCUCCCAAAGACAUGACCAUUAAUUCUCAUGAUCUGACAGACAUUUCAAAGGAGACAAUAAGACAAAGAAUGGAAAAGAUAAGUAAAAUAAUUGAAGAAACCUUCAACUUGUUCAAAACACCAAACCCAUCACUAGGAAUACCUGAAAGCACAGAUCUUCAGACCUGGUCUCUGCAGACUUAUGGAUACCAGAAAUAAUCUGUAUGUUUGUACAGCAUUAAAUUUUUAAUAUAUCGAAUUUGUAAUGAUCACCAGUGCAUCUAUUGCUUUGAAUAAAUAUUUUAUUCAUGCAUCUGUGUAUUGAUUUCCCUCCCCAUGCCCACGUUUAAAGACUGUUCAAAUAGCUUUUUCCCUCCUCCUUGUGCUUUUGUAAAUUGAAGUCAUUACAGGAGUGUAUUCUUGUGUUGACAUUUGUUAGCAGUGUGCUAAGUAAUAUGUUUUCUAAAGUGCGGGCUUGAGGACCAUGGCUUACAUCCUGUUGGAAACAUUCCAGCUGGAACUUGCAUAUUACACCCAAGAGGCAUUCUUACAUACCAUCUUACCAUCUGUACUGUUGAAUAAGUCUUAAUAAAAAACUUACAUAU